CUAACUAGAUGUGUUGGAGUCAAUAGCUGUAAACCUUAUUUCAGGGCAUAAUUUGGGAAAUGACCUAGAUGCAUGAUAAUUGUCUUCUUAUAUGAGCAAAUUGGCCUAUAGCAGCUCAAUCUUUUGGAUUUUUUCUUACAGCUACUGUAAGUAGAGUAUUUUUUUUUUCAGUCCUCGCUGUCUGGCCUGUAGCCUACACUAUGCUUGGCUGGCUCAGGCCGCUAGUGCUAUAGACAAGUUUGUGGACUUGAAGUUAACUCAAUAGUGACCAGACAAAAUAGAAAUCUUCAUCUCCCUAAAACAAUGGCAGAACCAUAGCCCAGCAUUACUCCCAUUUAUCAAAUACCACUGUAUGUGAAUGUGUAUUUACAUUUUAAACAGUCAAUGUAUCCCAACGGCACAGUUAAGUGAAUGAUACCGUGAUUGAUUGUUUUGCUUUAAUGGACAACUUGCAGGUUUUUGCUGUGGUUUUAUGUGACACAUCCCAACUCUCAGACUAUGUCUGUGCCUUCAUUUAAUAUGAUAAUUCAUCACUGUGUUCCGUGUGCUUCUCUGUGCUUCUCCACAACACUUUCCUCAGUUCUUUUACAUUCUGUUGAGCCCACAACAAUAUAAAGGCUCAAAUUCUGGUCUUCAUUCACGACAUAAACAAGUAGAUUUCAUACAUUCUCAGAAUAAAAUAAGAAACCGUUUUGGCUCACAUUUGUUUUAGCGAGAACACUGUGCAUGUAACAUUUGCAUCCACUUAUUUUCCGAAUGCUUUGUGUUUUCACAAAACAAAUAUUUGCAUUCAGAGUUCUAUUUUGAAAUACAUGUAGCCUAUAUCAAAUUCUAAUUUAGAUUUCUGUGCAAGUGUAGCAGCGGAUAAUGAUUUUAGUCACAGAUACUAGAGCUCUACAUGACGAAUGACAAUUUAUUUGUAAUGUGGAUAUAUUGUUUGACUUUAUUGCAUUGCUAUUGGGUAUAUUUUUCUGCUGUAUAUGUGUUUGUUUUUUGUUUGUCACUGGAGAAGCACAGUCUCAGAAAUGUUUUGUCAUUCCGUAUUUGCUUUGUGCUAUUAAACACAGGUUUAUGCUUGCAUAUGGUACAAUAAUAACUGCACAGAUCGUCAUCUAUAUUUCAUAAAUGAUAUGGUCAGUUGGGUCUUGAGUGACUGGUACAGUACUUGGUGUUUGCCUUCAUAUGGCUGAUGGAGAGGACUAAUUGACUUCUUGCUGUGAUUUACUGGAGCAUCUGUCUGCAAAUGGACCCAUCCCAAACCUGUUAAUUCAUCUAAAUUUCAUAAAGUCAUGGCAAGACUGUGCACUGCCACCCCUCAUCAAUUAUAAUAUUUCAGCACACUCCACACUAAUGCAUUCAGUUGUCUAAACAUACACACACACAUGCAUAAAUGCACACACGUAGGCAUUCCUGUUUGUACCACAUAUAUGAACAAACAGUAACUUUAUGUCUCUGUCACACAGAGAUUUGGAUGCUUGAUGAAAUAAUUUUGUGCUCCCCAUCCUUCUCUCGCUUUAUUAUUUUUUGUCAUGUCUUGUGUUACAUUGACAUUAGUGACCAAGUGUAACAACUGGUGAUUCUUAUACAGACUGGAAAUAGUUUAUUAUGGAUAUACACAAAUAUUUAUAAACGUGUGUGUAUGUGUUUAUUGACUUUGUGCGAAUGGUUUUCCCAAAAAAGGUGAUGAGUGUUACUUAAAAAAUUCUUCUCAUCGCCACGAAGGAAUAAAAUUUGAUGUCUUUUCAGCCCAGUUUACAACAUGGCGAUAUGCUGUACCUCUGGCAUUUGUGCUCUGCUUAAAUCCGUCUUUCCAUAUCGCCUUGUCACUCAUUUGCUCGACAUUCACUGGUCUGGGAGUGACUUGGACCUUAUGGAUGUAAAGAGUAUUCCCUAACAUGAAUGUUUUGAUUGCUGGGAGUGAUAUUUUGUGUGCAACAGUCACUAGGAUUUUGUCUGGCCUGUCAGGCAACCAACAUACAUGACCGGACCCAUAAAGCUGGAGGGUGGGAAGGGACUGCAGAUGUCAAAAUGCUAAAAAUUUGUUAAAAUGUAGAUAUUUAAACUCAAGUUGUAUAUGCAUUCAUGUGUGGUUUCCAAAUUUAAAACGCCACAUGGUGACAGAUUUAGUGUAUUUUGUCAGAUUUAACAAACAAUACUGGAAAAAUUUUACAGUGCUCAACUAAGUAAUAAAUAAUCGUAAUAUGUUUUGUCCAUUACUCUUAUAAAUUUUUAGUUUAUCGAUGUGAAACUAAACUUACAACACCAUCAUGAAUCCUACAAAAUUAUAAUAUUGCGCUAAACUUAUUUGGCAAAUUUGAAUCAUAUAAAUGUACUGAUUAAAUUGCACUCAUUUAGUUGAUUAUGUUGUUAUUACUAUAGAUAGUCUGCUGUAUUGCAGAGAAAUGAAUAGACUUGUAAUUUGUGGAAAACUGCUUAUUAGGCUAAACUCUAAUUAAGUUAUGAGCACAUUAAGAGCUAUUUGGUCAUUUAAGGAAAUUUUGAUAUUAUGAACAUUUAAAUAAUAUUAGUCCUACAUACAAAAUAUUACAGCAUAAUCUGCAUCUAUCAAACAGGCCUAUGGCGCAGACACUUCACUUGCUGUAGUGCAGUUAUUCUGCAUAGUCCUCUCUUGUUUUGCCUUCUCGCUGCAAAUGAGGAAUCAUUUGGGGCGCAGGUCUGUGAGUCCUUUAUGCUUUCUGAAUGACAGAUUGAAAACUUUCGGUUUAUAUGGCUGCAGUCCUCAAUCAUUUUCGGAAAUGCAUCGGGUUAAAGGUUGACAAACAUAAGCGUCCAUUACAAUCAUGACGGAAUUAGGCCAGUUCUGGGCCUGUCUACUAUUUUGCGGCAUUUAAUGUCAAGUGGGCCCCUUGCUUUGUCUCUGCAGGUGACGUCAGCAUAACAAUGUGGAAAAGGGAGUUUUUUCUCUUUUUCUCUCUUUUUGUUUUUUUUUUUAAGAAAAACUUGAAAAUUCAGACAGCUACAGUCUUUGGAAAUAAGAAGGUUUUUUUCCCCACCUUAAACCCAUAAGCUGCAGUCCGGAGCCCACGCCACGUCGUGUAGAUUUCAAUAAAAGCAACAGAUAAAAGAAUUUGGCUGAACUGCUGCAGGUACACAGACGUGCGCGGAUAGAAUCAGAGCCACCCCAAAGUGCAAGGGGACGUGCAGGAAUACGUGCAGCACUGGAGGAGAGGAGAGUGGAGCUGCUGUCCUCACAGCACCCCAAAGUAUGAAAGUUUAUCUGAGUUUCCCAGGAUCAGUGCAGCCUAGCCACUGCUGUUUGUCACUUUUUAUAAUUUACAUUUUACGUUACCAAUUUUUAUAUCUGUCCUGUAGCCCACAGGACGCAUGGUGUGCACUCCUAAUAGUUAUUCAUUUGUUUUAGAGUAAUGAGAAAGGGUCUAUGUAUAGAAAAGGGCUCAAAGGUAAAAUAGUACAUCAUGUUCUGCAGUGUUCUCCAGUGACACUGCUGGAAAAUGGCAAUGCGAAUUAAGUUUUUCCAAUAAGAUUAUCAUAUAGUGGUGGUCUAGUGCGCCAUGUAGAACUACUUGUUGCUUUAUAAAAGUUUCAUUUUUCUUUGGACUUGAGGAUAAAAAAAAUCUUGUCAUGAAAAUACACGUAGGCUACAAUACAAUAAAAGUGUAACGCAAAGGUACUUUUACCUCCAUGAGAGCUCACUAACUUAUAAAUUACAUGAACAGAUACUGCAUUAAACUUAAUGCGUAUAUAGGCUAAUGACGCUCAAGGCAUUGUUAGUAUUUAAAAAAAAAAUUAAAAUAAGUAAUUUUUAUUGUUAGAAUAUGUUUCCUCUAACUUUCACCGUUCUCAAAUGUGGCACUCCACUCAAAAUGCAAGACUUGACAAUAAUUGGCCUGGACACGCAGUGGCCAGUCUCUCUAUUAUUCUUGCAGGGCAGGAGUGGGACAUUUGCUUUGGCAAGAUAUCCAGUGGGGGGAAAAAAGAGCCGGUAGAUAGGCUGUGAUUGUCUUGUGUUCUGCGUAUGUCUGCAUUUAAUCACUUGACUUUUAUCAGAUCAUUAGUAUUACACAUUAACCCUAAAACAUUUUUUUGAAAUGUAGAGAUUUAGAGAAAGAUGUCUUAUAAGAACGAGCCUGAAGUUAAAGAGGCAGCAAUAUUUGCGGGUAUCGCGGCACAUUUCAAAGCAUUUUCUCUGCGAUAUUUGAAAACGGAGUCGUGCAGUGAACGCCUGCGUGUCCCUUUUAAAACAAACCCAGCGCCUGUCAAUCACAGCGCAUUCCAACCAAUCCCAAAGCUCCCUUUUUAAAAGCAGGUUUGCCUGCUGUGCUUUUAUAUUGCACCAUGGCCUGUUUCGAAGCAUUUUUACUACCACGGUUAUUGCCACAAAUCAAGAGGGCAAAGUGAACGGCAUGGGACUCACACCAACUUUAACGAAAUUGAGUCUGGUUCCUACUUCUGCGAAGUUCACGGCCAAGAAUUUCACAUGCAGAUGAUAUACAAACAAGGAAGCAUGGAAACAGAAUUUCUAGGUGCAUCCUGAGUGCUGAAUUGGUUUGAUUUUGCAAACUCAUAGCCAAACUCACAACCAAACAUGACAAGCCUUUCGAGGUUUAGUGGCUGCCCUCUCUCUUGCGUCAACCCCGGGGAGAGCAAUACUGAACCCAGCGUGGUGCUGCCACCUUUGGCAGGAGAGCACAUGGGACACCCCACUGGCAGUUCCUUAAAACUCUGCCCCUCGCACAAUUUGCGAGACUACCCCGAGACGAGGUCCAGUGCAUAUGUUGACCAUUCGGUUCCCAAUUUUUCAGACUCUGGAUACCCCAGCCACCGGUUAGAGCACAGCCCUAGGGGCAUUAUCAUUGGAGCCAAUCUUUCUGGAGCCGGCAUGCCACCCGUCACUGAUCAACUGGCAUCAAGAGCUAACCAACAUGGCGGGAUUGGAAGGUAUCGUGACUUUCCUGGCUGCAGGGACAACAGGAGCCAUGCUUUUUUCACAAGUUAUCAGGAGCAGGCCCACGCCUCCACCGACGCAUCUCGGGAUCUCGGCAGCCAGAUGAUGCUGGGUCUACCUGGCGACCUCCUCACCCGGACUCACCCUUAUGGCCAAACUAUCAACCCCAAGGGAAACAGCCAGCAACUUGUGACACAAUUCCUGGGUCUGUACAAGCCCCUCAACAUGGCAAUUCAGCGUGGAGGAGGCGACGCUUUCCUCAGGUGCUCCAAGCAAACAGUGAAGCAUGAGCUGGUGUGUAAGUGGAGUGACGGCCAAGAGGGGGCUGGGAAGCUGCCUUGCUCCAGAGCCUUCGGGAGCAUGUAUGAACUUGUCACCCAUGUGACAGUGGAGCAUGUCGGAGGACCUGAACACUCUGAAUACGUUUGUCACUGGGAGAACUGCGCGAGGGACAGGAAGCCUUUCAAAGCCAAAUACAAGCUGGUGAACCACGUCAGAGUCCACACAGGGGAAAAGCCCUUUCCCUGCCCCUUUCACGGCUGUGAGAAAGUUUUUGCAAGAUCAGAAAAUCUUAAGAUCCACAAGAGGACUCACACAGGUCCUCUUGUUCCUCCGUCUCAUCUAUCUCUAUCCCUGCAGCUCCUGGCUAUCUUCACCCUCUAUGGCUCCUUCAUGAUGGCCCCUAAUCUCUGCCAGUGUGGUUCCAUGUAUGCAUUGCAAGGCGGCUGUGUAAUCAAGCCUGUGAACUCGACAUCUGAAGGAAGGAUUCUGUUUCUGAUCACAUCCCUAUUGAAGUCCAUCCACUCGCUGAACAUGGAUGUGUUGACACACUCAAGCUUGCUCUCCUUGCCUUCUGCAGGUCUCCUAGCAACAGCAAACAAAGGCAGGACCCAUCUCAAGUUUCCCGUGGAGCGGCCAGUCCGGCUUGCCUUUGAUCUUGACUGGGAAAAUAGCUGAGUGGGCACUACUCACAUUUGUCUUUCAUUUACUCCAGCCCCCACUGCCCCCCUCCCAUAAUGUUCCCUGGAACAGCCAAAUCUUCAUCUGUCCCCAGCAACCAACACAUCUCCUGGAUAAUCAACCAUAGCAAGGGAAGUCAUUGAAGCACUACAAAGUUUAGUUGAAAUUGGACAUUUCUGUUUUGGAGCUGGGCUUCUACCUUUAGCAGGCUAUCAUUUGUGUUUUGUCUGUGCAGAAAAGUGAGUGUGUGAAUCCAGAUGGUAUUUUAUCCUUUGUUUCCCUUGUCUCAAUAUAGUCUUGCUGCUGAAUCUAUCAACCUGUUUGUCCCAGGGCUUUGAAAUAAAACCCCUUAAUAAACACGUAAAGUGCCAUUAACCCUGCCUUUGCAAAUGUUUUCAACUUAACGAACUUGGACUACACUUAAAGUACUACUUUUAUUCCAUAAAAGUCCCAGUAGCCACAGAAAAGUGGGCACACAGUGGAGCUGAUGUGGAUUUUAGAAGUCAUGGGGCUGCCUCAGAGUGCUGGUAUUUUAAAUUCAACAUAAAAAAAUUAGGAUGCACACAGGAAAAGGAAUAUUUUGAACUUGUUUCCCCGUGUUUAAUAAUGCUUUUCGAGAUAAGUCCCAGGAAUCAAAAUAUAAAUAACUCGCUCAUUCUAUUCCCGACCAAAGAUAGAUAGGGCAAUGUAUCUUAAGGCUAUUGAAUGUUAUCUUACUCCAGUGCUCUGCUUUCAUCCAGAACAGCUCAGACAGCUCAGGAGAUUUAACAAAUUGAAGUGUUACACACUGUUUUGGUGUAAUUUACUGUAAUUGAUGUUUCUAUCUAGUGCCAAGGCCUUCUAAAGCAAUUGCUUGUGUUUGUAGAAAGACAUGCAGCCCAGUGGGGUGUAUUGACUCAGGCUGUUGACUAAUACUGCUCUAUUGGCAUGUUUUAAUGCUCUCCCAUUGUUUGACUAACAGACUCCUCUGUAAAGCUAAAAGCACUGCUUAAGAUGGGGAUCAGUUUCAUACUUUGUCGCAAUAAACUGGAAGUUUUCUUUUCGUGUGAAUGGGUCAGCAUGUUUUGACUGACCUGGUUCUGUAUCCCUACUACAAUGAUCUGGGUUUAGGGCACUGCUUACAAUGCUCAGGAAAUUCCCCACUUCUAUAGUUAAUCUCAUCGAUGAUUGUAGUUUUUACAAGAAGAAAUUUUUGUCAAAAGUCACUUUGUCACAUUGUUACACUGUACAUAUUGACUUUGAAAUGCAGUAACCUCAUUAAGCAAUGGAUUGUGCACAGAACAGCAGUGGCAGACCCAGUUCUUUUGUUAAUGACCCAAUAUUUAACAAGGAGAGUAGCAUGGUGCAAGUGUUUCAGCAUUAGUUGAUUCCAUAUUCACUGUGGUUGAAGAUGUAUUCACAUCCUUUACGUAGGAAAAUAUCAGAAUGUAAAAAUACUCCAUCAAAUCUGUUAGUAUCACAAGCAAAAUGCUUGUUAAAAUACUCAUUAUGCAGAAAAAUGAGCUUUUAGUGUUGCUAGUUGUGGGGGAGCUGAUUUUAAAAUAUUUCAUAUAGAUCAUAUGGUUUAUUUGUACAAUCUUGGUAACCAUAACUGUGAAAUCAAGUAGUCAAGUAAAAAUUACUAAUAUAAAUAUUUCCCUCUGAAAUAUAAUGUACUCAGUUUCUUUCCCCCACUACAUAUUCAGUAUUUUGCACAUCAAGAUAGUCUGCUGUAGUGGUUUGCACAAUAAAUGUAAUGACUUAAACAGACAUUCAAAAAGUUGGUCAGUGUAUCAGAAAUACAACAAGUUAGACAACGUUUUCAUCCCCAAAUACAUUAGGUACAAAUGUAGCAACAUAAGAAAAAUAAUGAGAAGUUAAAUAUUUUACGUGAUUAGAUAUUUUAACUGAAAGCUGCGAUGCCUUUAGAAGCUCUGAAAAAAGUGGACCUUGAGUGAAGAUUGUUUUUAAACUAUUGUUUUCAAGGUCAAGAAUAAACCGUCACAUUCAGUAUUUUUUUUAUGCUAAACGUAUUCUAUCCCAUAUACAGUUCUCUCUCAGAGCUACUUUUGGCUUUGCUGACACUUCUGAAUGUCAGCUUCAAUACAGCGACUCUAUCACAUUUCUGUUAAGGUACAUGUAAACAAACAUAAACACAACAAUUAAUCAAAAUACCUAAAAACAUUUCACAUGACAUUGUUUUCUUAACUAUAUUCUGUAUGAGUGCCAUUUGUGUUGUAUUUUUAAGCUCCCUUUAGAGAGAAGAAAAUCCAUAUUUCAUCUGUUAUACUGAUGCUUGUUUGUGAGGAACACUCAUCCUAGCUGGGUCCUAUUUUGGUUUGUCAAAGCAAAGCUGCAGAAGAGCCGGUUUUUACAUUCCUUCAUGAUCCUUUUAUGGAAGUGACUAUGGUUUGGAUUGUUACAUGUGAAAGAACUGUGAAAAAACUGGUCCCACCUCUGCCUUCAACCGCCUGUAUCCUCCCCUGCAUACACUUUCCACGCUGAGAAGUCUUACAUUCAUUACCUUACAAUACUCAGUUCUAUAUAGGCGCAUUGCUCAGCACUAGACCUGAAGCAGAAGUGAACACUGUUACCAGCAUGACACAGGAUGAUAAACAAAAGGUUGUGAUCUACUACAGAGAAACUGAAGUGCUCAGAUAAGCAGACCCUUGCCUUUCAAGCAGUCUUGUGACCUGGAAAGACCAAGAAAGGUUUGCUUUUACUUCUCACCUUCAAGAAGUCUUUUCUAACUAAAAGGGUUCUUCUGGGAAGAAAAAAAACAAAAAAACAUUUGAAGAACAUUUUUCUCUCUCUCAAAAACCCAUCGGAACACAUUUUAGCAUAUUUAUUUAUAGCAUGUUUCUGAUUCAGAAUCCUGCGCAAAAAAAGACUGUUAUAGCAUCAAGUAUCAUCACAUUACCCCUGACAAAAAAUAAAGCAUGUCUUCAUGCUUGUCUGAACCAAACCCCACACAGAGUUAUACCCCUCUGAUACUGCAUGUGCCAUCUGACUCUGACAACAAUGUUGGGGUGGAGAAUAUAUUAAUAUCUUCCUGAGCCCUAAGCAUGCACAUUUACUGUCACCUUAAUUCAUCAGUUUAUAUGCUUACCACCUCUAGGUGUCCUAAAAGGUACUUUAUGGAACCAUUUCAAUAUUAAGCCUUACUAUAGCAGAAGGGUGAGGCUCUUAGUCAUUUAUAAAUUUGCCAGUUUGCUAUUUUAGUUUGUUUUAAAGGCAGAAGCCAACUUACAGUGGGCUUUCAGGUAUGUCCUAAGAUGGACAUUAAUGAUGCCUGAGCUCAGAACUGCCUUAUCCACUGAGAUCAAAUAUCUAUUUUACAACAGAGACCUAGCCAAGGUAGCAGCCUCACAAAAUCACAGUAUACUUCAAUAUAACACCAUAUACAAAAAUCCACAAUAAAACACAACAGCUUUUCUGAAAAUACAGGUUCUUUUUCUGAAACUAGAACUGUAAGUUGAGUUGUGGUGAUGUAUCUAAGUAACACAAUUAUCAAAUAUUACUUCAAAGAAAGGGGUCCUAUUAGAUGGUGCAUAGUAACUGUUAAGAGUGCUGCUCUUAACAUUUCCCUUACGACAGCCUUGUAAUUACAGAGCUUCAUAAUGAUAUCCUUAUAAUGAAUGUAAAUCAACAAUUACAUAAAGAUACUGUACAAGAUGUAUAUUAGUAAAAUGUCAUCAUGUUAAUACAAUUUAUUUUUUCUCUCAUUUUACAUUUUCUAAACAUUUUGUGUUUCCACCACCAUUAGCAGAGCAGCACACAAACAUAUUUCUGGUUCAAGUUCUUGUUCUAGGCACUUCCUGAGCUCCUGCCAAAAUAACAGGACCCACAUGGGACCAGAGUAUGAACAGUGAGCUGUGAGUCACUUAGAUUUUAAAGGUCCAGUGUGUAACAUUUAGGAGGAUCUAUUGGCAGAAAUGGAAUAUAAUAUUUACAGGUAUGUUUUCAUUAGUGUAUAACCUGAAAAAUAAGAAGCAUUUGUUUUUUGUUACUUCAGAAUGAGCAGUUUUUAUCUACAGAUGCUGGGAAUUGCCUGACAUGGAGGUCACCAUGUUGAGCCACCAUGUUUCUACAGUAGCCCAGAACGGACAAACCAAUUACUGGCUUUACAUCCGCCGUUGUUUCACAGUCACCAUAGUUUCUCCUUUGCAUUUGGAAGGGGAGGUUGAAGUGAAGGAGGUGCAAUCUGCUAUUACACUGCUAGCUGCCUACACACUGAUCUUUUAAAUGGUCAGUUUACCCAAAUUAAACAUGUUUUUUUCAUUUGCCUCCUGUUGUAUGUACCCACAUAAUGAGGUUUGAAUUUAUUCAUUUAUUCACCUCUAACAUUUGGCCUCCAUCCCAAUACAAUUAAUAUAAAUGUAAUCUAUUGUAUGUUUUACAGACGUAACUAUGAAAAGUGUUUAAUGGAACUACUUCAUAUUGAAGAAAUGGUCCCAUUUAGGGGUGGAAGCAGAAACCCAGACAAAUUAAAAGAAUGUUUUUUGCAUGCUAGAUACUUCUAAAGGUAAGUAAGUAAACAGUUUUGUUCUGUUAUUUGGGUGAAUUGACCCGUCAACUCAAAAGCCACUCACUGCUUUUUUAACUUGUUAAAUUCUGUCUAUGUUUCCAAUUAAGAUUACUUUCUCCUGGGUAGAUAGACUUUAAUCAUUACUUGAGCAUAUUACCCUUGCUUUGAGGGACCAUAUUAUUCCAGCAGUCAUGUGAGUUACCUUAAUGUUUCUGCUCAUUUGCAGAUAAUUUGGUCCCAGUUACACUACUGCCAGAUUGCAAAAGAGCACUGUUUAAUUUAUGUCUGUGAAAGAGGUGGAGAUGUUUCAGAACAGUUUUGCUCAUUUGACAACAUGGUGCAAACCCACCUACACUUUCACAAUUCAUCAUAAUAUGAGUGUAGACCAUUGUUGUGGUAGCUAUGCAGUUAAGUUUUGCAUUUCAUGUUUAACCUUUAAAAUAGUUUUUCUCCAUACUUAAAGCUUAAGCGAGCUCAAUGUGCUAAAUUCAAUUUGGGUAUAUGGCAUGACAUAAAUUUGGAAAGAGGUUCUCUUCAAAGUGUUAACCAGUAGAUUUACUGAAACUGGCAUCAAUCAGCAUUUUUUAAACAUGUAUUUAACGUAUGAUCUGUUGGCUGUUGCUCUUUCCAAACUGAGGGAAUUUAUUAUGCUGUUUAUUGAUUUCUGUAUCAUUUCUGGAGUUUUCUGGAACAUAAGCUGCUACACCUACACAGAAAAAUGACUAUAGAGUUCUAUAGAUUUCCAAACAUCUCUGUUAGUCUGCAGUCAUUUUAACUUCUGUAUAUUUUUUGAGUGCCUCUUUCAUUUUGAAAUGUGAGUCUGCUGGAAUCUCUGGGUACUUAAAGAGUGAGUAAGACCCGCAUUGCUAUUUAGAGUGAUGCAAAGACAUGUUACACCAUCUCAAUCUGUGUCAGCCUAUAUGCUAUGUACACUUGGAAGAAGUCAGUGUCUGUUUGUGCCAUAUAGAUUUAUCACCUCUUAAGUUUAUGACAUUUCUGGAGAGAAAAAACAAUCAUGGCACAGACGGAGUGGGGGUGGGGUGGCAUUUGUCAGUGCUCUCAUUGGGGUUCAAAAGUAGAAUGCAAAAUGUCUGUCUUUGUCUAAUCCAACACAUUUUAUUUUUGUAACUGAGAAAUCUGUUCAGGGACCCCAACAUUUUUUCCAACUGUCAGGGUGUCAUUUGUCAGAAAAAAAGUGAAACUGAAUUCCCACCCCCAGUCCUUCUGUACGUUGUGAGGUUAUAGCUGUUUCAAACACGCAAGGUGGGGGUGUGAAAGGGGCGCACACGUGGACAUGGCGACCUGAAACACACACAAUUCCUGGUAAUUUUGCCCUUCAGAGAGCACUUUGGCCGACUUCUUUUUUUUCAAGCUUUUAUGCCUUUAAUGGAUAGAGACAGCCGAAGGUAGAAAGGAAAGGCGGAGAGAGAGGGGAUGCAGUAAAGGGCUACUAAGGGGACUCACUCUUACUACAUGGGGCAUGAACUCUACCAGGUGGACUACUGGGGCGCCCCUCCUGACUUCCUCUUUGACACUAUAUUGCCCUAUAGCCUCAUCCUCCACCAGUUGACUUUUUAAAGAGCCGAAGCCUUUGGGCUCGAGAGUAUUGUCCCUCAUGAUUGAGAUGCUAACCCUCGGGGCAGCCCCUUGCUCUUUAGUGUCUAAUUUUUUCUUCUCUCUUCUCCCUGUCCUCCUCCUCCUGCUUCGUCUUCUUUUUCUUUCCCCCUGGUUCGUCUC